UUAAUUGUUACUACAAAAAUAAUAUGUCAGCCAAGAAAAAUCAACUAGCUUUUGUUGCAAUUGUUCUAAUAACAAUAAGUCCAUACUACAAUGCUUCAAAAAUAUUCCAUGAAGACGCAAUUUGCGAUGAAGUCGAUGCUUGCUUCGCGUAUUGCGAAGUUUAUGUCGAUGGUAUUGCUGCAAACCCGACCCGCGAAUGUUGUGACAACUUACUUAUAUUGAAUGGCAGGGUCAAAUAUAUAGACAACGGGGUUCGUAAGUAUUGUUAUUGCAUCGAGGACUUCAGUAAUAGUCAUUAUCAUCGCCCUUAUCUCCAGUCACGAAUUCAAAAUAUGUCUAGAAUAUGUGGUAUUCAUCGUAGCUUCCCUAUCUCUGAGCACAUGGACUGCUCUAAGCUUUAGUUAGAGACUUGUGUUUGUGGAAGACUAGCUAGCUGCUGUUCUCUUUGAGUCUCAUGCUAUAUAUGUAGUGGCGGCGCCAAAAUAUUCAUUAACGGGUAUAAAAUAUGAAAAAGUAAAUACAUGAAGAAGUUAAAAGGAGAUUUAGUAUUGACUAUAUAUACAUAAAAGAUAAUUUUAAUUAUAUAUAGAUAGUAUAAUUUUUUGUCGAAGAAAGUUUGAAUGAAUCCCUUGACCCUACCUGGCUCCGCCCUUGAACUUUGAAUUGGAAGGAAAAUGAUAUGUAUAGUAUUCCAGAUUGAUUUUACUAUGUUAUCUCGACAAGGUUAUAAGUUUGAAUAUAUAUGUAGCUUUGUGUUUAAACUAGUGGCU